AAAACCGUCAUGGCGGCCGUAUAGGGGCGUCAAUUUUAGUAGUUCCGCAGUAAACAUUCAGGUUUUUUUAAGCUGUUGUCCCGGCAGACUGUGUGCUCGGGGAAUAUUUUAACCUGUAAAUCUUCAGCAUGGGUUCAGCUUAGAGUUUCUGGGCGUGUGUGACGACGAGGAGCUUUGCAGCCCGCGGCAGAAAGAAGAAAGAAGCUUCAGCCUGACUCAUCCUCACAGCAGCAGCAGCCAUGUCUCUGGGUGAGCCGACGUCGGACUCCGCUCCGUUCUUCUCCUCUGACAGCGAGGCGGAGGGUCCGGAGGACCGGGACAGGACGGGGUCCCAGCGGCCGCAGGAGGAGGAGGGGGAGUCGGCCAGCGGGGUGUCCCGGGUCCGAGCGCUGUCCACCGUCUUCAUCCUCUGCUACAUCAAUCUGCUCAACUACAUGGACAGGUUCACUGUAGCAGGUGUCCUCCCGGACAUCGAGCAUUAUUUCGGGAUUGACGACGGGAAGUCCGGCUUACUCCAAACGGUUUUUAUCUGCAGCUACAUGUUCCUGGCUCCUGUCUUUGGGUACCUCGGCGACCGCUACAACAGGAAGUACAUCAUGAGCGUCGGCAUUUUGUUCUGGUCCUUGGUGACGCUCGCCAGCUCCUACACCCCCAAAGAGCAUUUCUGGGCUCUGCUGUUGACGCGAGGCCUGGUGGGAGUCGGGGAGGCCAGCUACUCCACCAUCGCCCCCACCAUCAUCGCAGACCUCUACGUCGGAGGGAAGAGGACCAACAUGCUGUCCAUCUUUUAUUUCGCCAUUCCCGUGGGCAGCGGCCUUGGAUACAUCGUGGGCUCUCAAGUCAACAACCUGACGAAGGACUGGCACUACGCCCUGCGGGUGACUCCCGCGUUAGGGCUGGUGGCCGUGUUGCUGCUCCUGUUUGUGGUGAAGGAGCCUAAAAGAGGAGCCAUCGAGGAACGGGCCGAGCAUCAGCUGCACCGGACCAGCUGGCUGAAGGACCUGCACGCUCUGAGCAAGAACCCCAGCUUCAUCUUGUCCACCUUCGGCUUCACGGCCGUGGCGUUUGUGACGGGCUCCCUGGCUCUCUGGGCUCCGACGUUCCUCUUCAGAGCUGCUGUGUUCAGCGGAGAAAGGGCUCCCUGUGUGGAGGGACACUGCGCCUCCUCCGACAGUUUGAUUUUCGGGAUCAUCACCGUCGUCACAGGUAUUCUGGGCGUGGCCAGCGGCGUGCAGGUGAGCCGCUGGCUGAGGACGAAGACGGGCCAAGCCGACCCGCUGGUCUGCGCCGGCGGCCUGCUGCUGUCGGCCCCUUUCCUGUACCUGGCCAUCGUCUUCGCUGAGGCCAGCACCAUCGCCACAUACGUCUUCAUUUUCCUCGGGGAGACGUUCCUCUCCAUGAACUGGGCCAUAGUGGCUGAUAUUCUCCUGUACGUGGUGGUUCCCACUCGUCGCUCCACGGCCGAGGCUCUGCAGAUCGUCAUCUCCCAUCUCCUGGGAGACGCGGGGAGCCCGUACCUGAUAGGAGUGGUCUCUGACGCUUUGAGGAAGAACGACUCGUACCUCUGGGAGUUUCGCUCUCUGCAGCUCUCUCUGCUGCUCUGCUCCUUCGCGGCCGUCAUAGGCGGAGGCUUCUUCCUCGCCACGGCGCUCUUCAUCGAGGAGGACCGCCACCGGGCCGAGACCUACGUCCCCCCAGAUGAGGAACCGAUCGUCGUGCCGAAAAGCGGCCGGUCCACCCGGGUCCCCGUGUCCAGCGUCCUGAUCUGAUGAAGGUCCUUCUCAGCAGCUGUGGUUGAGUUACUAAAUCUUUUAUGACUGAGGACUUUGUGACUCGCACAGAAACGCGUUUGGACGACUUUUAUUUUUCCCCUCAGCGCCUUUUUAUAACUUCACACGGGACCGUUUGGAGAAAUUUCUUUGUGUUGGGACUUCAGAUGUUUUUUUUGUUUUUUAUUUUCACCGCGAGCUCAACACGAAGACUUCAAACUAAGAGCACUAAAGACUGUCUGAGCAGAGCGGACAGAACCUGCUCUUCAUUUUGAAGGUUGGGACGAGAUGACGAAAACAAGCUGAGAAAAACACAAGGACAAAAUCCUGCGGAGCGACCCCGACCGAAAACGCGCGGCAUCCUUUUAUACAGGAAAAGCUUUAUUAAUCCCCUUUCACAACAUGUUUGUACAUACUGUAUGUUUUAAUAAUGACACUAACCGCAGGAAAAGGAAAAUUGCAAUGAAUCUUCAGACCUCUUACCGUUUUUAUUUAAGGCUGGACGUUUUUGAACGUAUUUGAAGCAGAACUCUUUAUUUUUUAGAUCAGAGCUUUUAUUUCCUGCAGGUCCUUAUCAGUUCAGAUGUCAUGUUAACAAAGGUUAUUUUUAAAAAGGAAAAAAAAAUAAGUUUUUAAUGAAGGUUAACCUCAAAUUAUUUUAGCUAAGCUUUUUUGUUGAACAUUAAAUGAGAUUUAACUUGU